GGGUGGAUAAACCAAAAUUGAUAAGGCCAAGGAGAAUAGGAAAAUGAAAGAAAAUUAAAAAGGAAAGAAGGAGGUGGAUUCCUUACACAUAACGCAUCUCUUGGGUUGGGAUUUUUGGUUCGGAGAUAGCUUUGGUGGUCGUGUAAGACGACUUUGUUGUGUGGAUAAGAACGAUCCCUCUACUUCUUUCAUUCUCUCAUAAUAGUAUUAUGCUCUUUCUCUCUUAGAAAACACCCUCUACCGCCUCUAAGUCCUACAAGAACCCAUCCCCUCCCCAGCCGCUCCCAAAAUCUCACUCUUCUUACUCUUCUUCCUCCAAGAGAAGUAAACAACCCUCACAUUCACCACAGCAGCACACACAGACAAAGACAACCUUGUUUGUCUCCAAUCAAAACCUUUCAAGCUGGCGUUCGAAAACCAAGACAACCCUGUCCGAGAAAUCAAGCCCAAGAAUAGGAGAAUCAUGGGUGCUGGAGGCCCUGAUGAUGAGGACAACAACAGGUGGCCACCGUGGCUGAAGCCUCUGCUAAAAGAAAGUUUCUUUGUUCAAUGCAAGCUUCACGCUGAUUCGCACAAGAGCGAGUGCAACAUGUACUGCUUGGAUUGUAUGAACGGUGCUCUCUGCUCUCUCUGCCUCGCUUACCAUAAAGAUCAUCGUGCUAUUCAGAUAAGGAGGUCCUCAUACCAUGAUGUGAUUAGGGUGAAUGAGAUUCAGAAGGUGUUGGACAUCACAGGGGUCCAAACCUACAUUAUCAACAGCGCGAGGGUUGUUUUCUUGAAUGAGAGGCCGCAGCCAAGGCCUGGUAAAGGUGUCACCAACACUUGUGAAGUCUGCGAGCGUAGCCUUCUUGAUUCCUACCGAUUCUGUUCUCUAGGUUGUAAGAUUGUUGGGACUUCAAGGAACUUCCUGAAGAAAAAGUCAGCGGCAAUGGUAUCAGACUCAGAGGAUUCUUACAGCAGCAACAGCAGCCAUGGGAAGAAGAACAGCUUCACACCUUCCACACCGCCACCAACUUUUGUUAAUUACAGAACGGCCAAGAGAAGAAAGGGAAUUCCACACCGUGCCCCAAUGGGAGGGCUAGUCAUAGAAUACUAGAAAGUUAGUAACUUUUGGUUAUUUGCUAUAAUGCCCCUGAUAUAUUUUACCUCAAAAUGCAACUUUCUCCGUGCAGUUUCACCCGUUCCAACAUACGUGAGCUUUUUGCUGAAAAAGGCCGGUGCUGGAAGUGUUUCCUUCUCUGUUCCUUACUUGUUAAUAGCGUUUGUCUAUAUGGGAAAAUUCCAAUAGAAGUGGGAAAAAAGGUUGAGAAAGUAGAAAAAAAUAAGACAUCUGUGAAAUAGUUUGAGAAAAAGAAUGGUGUAGCAAAAUAAGCAAAGUUCCUUUCAACCAAAGUACAAGAAGAUGAGGAACAUUAUAGGUUUGGUUUCUAGAGCUAUUAUACCUAAGUUUUGGGUGGUGGGUGUAAAUAGUGGCUUGGGGAAGAAGACAGUGACAAUGUACUCUUUACAAAUAGGUGGAUUGUCUAUAUAUGGAAUGGUGAAAUAAUAAAUAGUACUAAUAGUUUUUCUUAAA